GGAGUUGUAGGCAGGUGCAUGCUGGGAGUUGGCCAGUGUGUGCGGCCAGCGUGCGGGGCAGGAGCAGAGACUCCAGCUCCGACAGCAGCCCCCCCGCCAUGCCGGCCCCCUGCUCUGCCUGCGGCGCCAGCCCGGCUGCCCUGCGGCGCCCCAAGACGGGCCACGCCCUGUGCCGCGCCUGCUUCCUGGCGGCCUUUGAGGAGGAGACGCACCAGGCCAUCGUGGCCGGGCGGCUCUUCCGGCCCGGCGAGACCGUGGCCAUCGGCGCCUCGGGCGGCAAGGACUCCACGGUGCUGGCCCACCUGCUGCAGCUCCUUGACCAGCGCCACAGCUACGGCCUGCACCUGCUGCUGCUCUCCGUGGACGAGGGCAUCGCCGGCUACCGCGACGCCUCCCUGGCCGCCGUGCGCCGCCACCAGCGCCGCUCCGGCCUGCCCCUGCACGUGGUCUCCUACCGCCAGCUCUACGGCUGGAGCAUGGACCGCAUCGCCCGCCACCUCGGCCCCCGCAACAACUGCACCUUCUGCGGCGUCUUCCGGCGCCAGGCCCUCGACCGGGGCGCCCUGCUGAUGGGCGCUGACAAGAUCGCCACAGGGCACAACGCAGACGACGUGGCUGAGACGGUGCUGAUGAACUUCCUGCGGGGCGACGUGGGUCGGCUGCGCCGGGGGGUGGGAACAGGGCCAGCGGGCGGGGAGGGGGCCGUGCCCCGCUGCAAGCCCCUGCGCCACGCCUACGAGAAGGAGAUCGUCCUCUACGCCUACUUCCAGGGCCUGGACUACUUCAGCACCGAGUGCGUCUACGCCCCCCAGGCCUACCGCGGCUAUGCCCGCGCCCUGCUCAAGGAGCUGGAGGCCGUCCGGCCCAGUGCCGUGGCUGACCUGGGCCACUCGGGCGAGCGGCUCUCGCUGCGCUCCGACCUCCGCAUGCCGGCCCGCGGCACCUGCCAGCGCUGCGGCUACGUGGCCAGCCAGCCCCUGUGCAAGGCCUGCGUCCUGCUGGAGGGGCUCGACCGUGGCCUGCCCAAGCUGGGCAUCGGCAAGCACCGGCGCCUGCGGGACAAGCUGCGGGAUGGGGAGCCCCUCACCCAGGAGGAGCGCAGGCGUCUGGGGGCUCCGGCCGAGGGGGAGCCGCCGGAGGAGCAGGAGCCUCGGGGGGAGCUGGGGACAGACGAGGAGCCGUGGGGCAGACGGGAGCUGAGGGGCCCACAGGACCUGGACUUCUGAAAUGGUGUGGGGCGUGCCACUGAGACCAGCCCAUGCUCCUGUCCACAGCCCCACUCGGGGGCCGGGGGGGAGUGGGAUCCAAUGGGAUACAACGGGGGAGAUGGGAGCCAGGACUUCUGCGUUCUCUCCCUGGCUCUGGGAGGGGAGUGGGGUCUCGCGGUUAGAGCAGAGGGGGCUGGGAGCCAGGACUCCUGGGUUCUAUUUCCAUGUCACUGUGUGACUAGGUAAGUCACUUUUACCUUGCUGUGACUCAGUUGCUCCCUCCCACCCCCCCUAGAAUUGAGAUAAUGCAGCUUAUAUUUUGUAAACUGCUUUGAGAGCUGUUUAUAAGUGCUCAGUAUGAAGAAAUGGCUCAUGGUUCUCUUCUGUACCAGGAGAUUACAAGGACAUGUGAAAGAGCUGAUAUUAAAACUGUUUUCUGAAGAAGAAAUCACGCGGUAAACAGCCUUUCUAAUCUUUGGCAAUCACAUAACAAAAGCCAGCCAGGCCCUUAAAAACUAAAAACCUGGCUCGCAAGUUUAAACUUAGACAGGGCUGCUUGAGAUAUUUCGAACAAAAUAGGGGUUUUUCUACCAAAAAAUGUAGAAACAAACAUUUAGAAACACCUGACUCCCAGUUUUUUGUAACAGGGUUGGACGUUGUUGAACUGCAAAGCUUCAUUUUUUUCCCAGUUGAAACAACUUUUUGGUUAGAAAUUUGAGCAAAUUCACACAUUAAGGGGGCAAAGGUCCAAACUUGAAAUGAGAUAUUUCAAAACGAUUGAAAGGAAACUGCUUGAGGGAAGAAGUGAGGUUUUUACUCACGAAAGCUUAUGCCCAAAUAAAUCUUAGUCUUUAAGGUG